AUGCGCGAAAAAUCAGAAAAAGCCCAGUUUCACAAGAUCAACUGGGUUUUCCUUGAACCGUCAACCUUGUUCCCUGUAGAACUCAGUUCUGCGAAUAAGGACGAGAAGGACCAGUUUAUCGGCCGAAACCCGCUAGAAGAACUCGUAGCCAUCUUGAUCGGACUGAGUUUGGCCGAGAGUGAAAUUGAGGUUAUCCACGACCACGGGGACACAGCACUCACACGACUACUGGUCUCUAAUCGACUUCUUGUGGACGCAGAUUUGAAAGCUGCACAAGCUCUCGGACAGGAUAUCGGCGUCGAACUACCGCGAAGUGAAAUGGAACUAUUGGAAGAGAAUGCCUUGGUCGGCAGCAACAACGGUCCGAGAAGUGCGCUCAGUGGUGGAGAUUUCGCAUUGUUCCUUUCCCCACCGCAACUUAGUUUUGCCUUGUUGAUUGCGGCGGAAUUCCUCAUCCUACUGGCUUUCCUGGCCGUCCUGAUCUACUUCGUGCGUGUUUGUGAAAAGGCCGAGGAAGCACGGAAAGAGAUGCGACGAGCGGAAACCAGUCAGAUUUAG